CCCUCCUUGGAGCCGCCCUUACGAGCCACUCAAACGGUUCCCACGCUGUUGCUGUGGCCAUUCCGAGAACUAGUGCACAGGAGCUGGGUCCUGCCAUCGUUUGCUCUCUUCUGUUCUCAGGGAAUUGAGAACCCAGGCUAAAGGCAUACAGGCUGUGCCAUCGCACCAGUCACUUUCCUUGCCCUGAGCCUUAGCCUUAUGUUUCCAGACUCCUCCAUCAGCUGGGAAAGGUGUGGGAUGUGUGUAGGAGUCGCUGGGCGCCUCCUCAAGCCGUGGGUAGGACUAUCAGACCACCGCAGCUCAUCCCCGUGUCUGGCCGGUGUCUGCAGCCUUCUCCUUCUCAGUGGAAAGAUGGCAUGAGAAAUCUAGGCUCUUGAAACGGGCAGGGUGGAGCUCAGGAUUGGCAGAGGGCUCCGGACACGGACUGCCCUUGUCAGUGGCCAGUUCGGCUGGUGGAACAGUCCAGAUUCCGCCUUCCUGAGUUUGGAGCUUUAAGACUGUAACGUGGAGUGACCACUGCUGCUUCGUGUCGUAGGAAGUGGGAGAUUGGCUAGGAAUGGUGAUCACCUUCUGGUCCAGCAUGAGCAGUUCCCACCUCAAGUCAGGUGGCAGGCGACCAGUGUGGAGUUGAGCAGGCUGGCUUUUUUGAGUGUGAGUGACAGAAGAGCUUUCAAACUGUAUUCAGACUUCAGAUUCUGUUCUCUUUACUGUGGUCCUGGUGGGCGUGAAUCCCUCCAGUGGUAGGGUGCACAAUGCCUCCCAAGGAGGGUCCUCAGCUGCCCACACCCUCUGGGUAGUGGGGAAGACAGGCACAGCGGUCCAUCAUCACACUCCAGGUUUGAGUCGGUCCUGGUGGGGACCCAGAUCCUUGCCCUCCUGGAGCUCCCUGUCGGAUGGGCACACAUCUCCAGGCUCUGCAGAGCCCUCAACAGCAGGGCAGAGGAAGUGUAACCGCCGAGGUGUGAUUCCGAGCAUCCUUAAAGUGGCAGUUAACAAGGCAGUUCCGCCUAGUUUAUCUGAUUAUUUGGGUAAACUUAGAACCAGCAAAGAGAUCAGUUACAGGAUCCUGGAGAGGUGAGGUGCAGUCCAGUGUGGUUCUCUGGAGGACUCUGACUUGGUCUGCAAUCCAGCAUUCAGGAUCACAAGGUAGCCAAGAGAGCCAGCACCUAGCCUCUCGAGUCGUAAAGAGUCUCAAGAGGCCACGCCCAGGGGCAGGUCAUAGGCAGGUGGAUCAGUUACCUGCUGCCUCACUAGGGGCAGUGCUUCAAGGUCAAAGCUGGAACAGCUACCCACUAUACAUCCUCCUUUGCCCAGAGCUCAGCCCCAUCCUAAGAGAGUGACCCUGAAAGCCGGGGGCAGGAGGGUGGGGGUGCUGGAGGCUGGGGAGACCUGGAGAGGGUGUGGCUCCCUGACCAGAUGAGGGUAAGGUUGGCAGUGACCUGAAGGCCAGUGAGCUGAGUGCGGGGUCCAUCUGGUCCUGGAAACUCUGGGGGGCAGUUCCCCUGCAGUGGAAGAGGACCUGCUGGACCGAGUGAAGGAUGGCACCCGGCAGUGGCCAGGGUUCUGUGCUAAAGAAACCUUGCAAAUCACCCGUGGUUUUCGUUGAGACCAGUCUCUGUGUCCGAGGCUGACCUCAAAGCCUCUGAGUGCUGUGAUUUCAGGUGUAUGCUACCAUGUGUGGCUCACAUAUGUAUUAACGUCCUACACACCGUGGAAAAGGUGCGCAUGAAAUUCAUGUAAGUCUUCAAAGGCUUUUAUCAGGCUGGAUGUGUGGUGCUUCACACCUCUAAUUCCAGCGACUUGGGUAGUAGAGGAAGGAGGAUUGCUAGGGGUACGUGUAAGUCCUGUCUUCAAAACUAGACAGGCCUUCGUGCGGCUGAGGGGGUGCGUGCCAGCGCUGGUGAAGUCUGGGUUCAGUUCCCAGCACCACGUAAACCAGGUCCGGUGGGGUGCACGCAUAACCCCAGCACUCAGGAGCUGGACACAUGAGAAUCAGGACUUCAGAGUCACCUUUGUCCACAGAGGCGCGGAUGGCGUCUGGGCGGCCAGAGGAACUGUGGGAGGCCGUCGUGGGGGCCGCCGAGCGCUUCCGGGCCCGCACUGGCACAGAGCUGGUGUUGCUGACUGCAGCGCCGCCGCCGCCGCCCCGCCCAGGGCCCUGCGCCUAUGCCGCCCAUGGCCGCGGAGCCCUGGCAGAGGCCGCCCGCCGCUGCCUCCACGACAUCGCACAGGCGCACAGAGCUGCCACCGCCACCCGACCUGGUCCCCCACCAGCACCACAGCCGCCCAGCCCUGCUCCUAGCCCUCAGCCUCGGCCAGUCCUGGUGAGGGAGGAUGAUGAAGAAGAUGAGGACGAGCCCACUGAGACCGAGACUUCUGGGGAGCGGCUGGGCGGUAGCGAUAAUGGAGGACUCUUCAUGAUGGAUGAGGAUGCCACUCUCCAGGACCUGCCCCCCUUCUGCGAGUCGGACCCGGAGAGCACAGAUGACGGCAGCUUGAGUGAGGAGACCCCCGCCGGCCCCCCAGCCUGCCCCAAGCCCCCGGCCGCAGCCCUGCCCACCCAGCAGUACGCCAAGUCCCUGCCCGUGUCGGUGCCAGUGUGGGCCUUCAAGGAGAAGAGGACAGAGGCGCGAUCGUCAGAUGAGGAAAACGGCCCGGUGAGGGGGACCAGACAGCCCUCCUCGCCAGAUCUGGACCGGAUCGCUGCUAGCAUGCGGGCACUGGUGCUGCGGGAGGCCGAGGAUACCCAGGUCUUUGGGGACCUGCCGCGGCCGCGGCUCAACACCAGCGACUUCCAGAAGCUGAAGCGGAAAUACUGAGGAGCGGACAGACCGAGCGGGCCGAGGGCCGGAAAGGCCGCUGGCGGAGGCUCUCCCGUGGGUCUCCCCUCCUCUGCCCAGCCACAGGACUCUUCUUCCCGGGGCUGGCCGCUCCGGGGGGGGGCGAGGCCAGCUCCCGGACGCUCGGUGGGUCGGCUCCGAGCCUUGCCCGGCGACACAAGCUGCGCCGCCCGCGGAGCCCGGCUGCGGAGGCGGCUCCGCCCACGUCCGGAGAGUGGCAGCCGCCCUCCUGGAAUCCCCCACCCGAUUGGCCCUGGCCGCCUGGGGGCGUGGCCAAGCCCUCCCGACCCCAGCACUGGCCCGAGGCCUGAGUUUGUUACACUACAGCUGGUUUUUGUUUUUGUUUUGCCCUGGUCCUGACACUUGGAUCCGGUUCCCCGCGGGGACAGUCCGGUCCUGCGCUGCGUCUGACGCCCCCAUAGGUUACACCCCACAACAGCCUGUCCAUCAAAGCCUGUCCUUUACCCAGGACGGUACCAGCUUCCUGUCCCCCGACCCAACAGGUGCCUUAAAGGGCCCUCUCCCACCCAAGGCAGGGCAGGGGGCCUCGCUCUCCGGCCCUGGCCCUGGGUGCGGGGGAGUGGGGUGGGGGCCGGGAGUCGGGAGGGGCGCUCUGAGAGAUUAAAGUUUUACCUCUGA